AUGCUGCAAACUUUUCCCGUGCUCAAAAUUGCAGAACUCGAAUUAGUUGCGAAACCAAGUGAAACCCAAUGAUCACAUGCACGAUGCGAAGCUUGUGAUGACGUGCCUGGCGCCUUCGAUACAAGCGUUGUUCGGUCAACUCCCCGCGAUAGGCAGUCAUCUCUGACCAUCUGCUCUCUGCCAUCUUACUUCCAAUCUAUACCAUCAAUCAUGAAGACAUCAGCCAUUCUCGCAGCUUGUGCUUCUGGCCUUGCCGUACAGGCAUUCAGUGUCCCGAGAAUCGCCCAAAAUGCCGCCCAGCAAGUCCAAGGCUUCAUGUCGCCUGAGCAGUACCUGAUCGAACUUGCCCCAGGCGAGACCAAAUGGGUGACAGACGCCGAGAAGUGGGCUCUGAGAAGAGAAGGCAUCUCAUUCUUCGAUAUCACCGACACGCCUGACCUUGGUUCCGUGCUCAAGUCCAAUGCCGCAGUCAAGUUCCCGGAACAUACCCACUACAACUCGACCGUGAAGAGCCUUGCCCGUAAUUUGACCAAAUUGAACAUGCACGAUCACCUCGAGACCUUCACCGCCUUCCACACACGCUACUACAAGAGUGAAUACGGCGCCAAGUCAUCAUUCUGGCUGUUGGGCCAGGUCAAUGACACCCUCGCACACGCAGGAGCUCUGAAGCAUGGAGCAAGUGUCAAACAUUUCGAGCAUGCUUGGGGUCAGAACUCGAUCAUUGCCACACUCCCCGGCAAGACCAACAAGACGGUUGUUAUCGGUGCCCACCAGGACAGCAUCAACCUCUUCUUCCCUUCGCUCCUUGCAGCACCUGGAGCCGACGACGAUGGCAGCGGUACCGUCACUAUUCUCGAGGCAUUGCGUGUUCUGCUUCUUGACCAGGAUAUCAUCGAGGGCAAGCAAGAGAACACUGUCGAAUUCCACUGGUACAGCGCUGAGGAGGGUGGUCUUCUUGGAUCUCAAGCCAUCUUCCAGACCUACGAGAAGACUGGCCGUGAUGUCAAGGCUAUGCUGCAACAAGACAUGACCGGUUACGUCCAGAAGACUCUUGACGCUGGAGAGCCCGAGAGUGUUGGCGUCAUUACCGAUUUCGUUGAUCCCGGCCUUACCGAGUUCAUCAAGAAGGUCGUCACCACCUACUGCGACAUUCCUUAUGUCCUUACCAAGUGUGGUUACGCAUGCUCUGAUCAUGCCAGUGCUAGCAAGGCUGGGUACCCAAGUGCUUUCGUGAUCGAGAGUGAUUUCAAGUACAGUGACAACAAGAUUCACACCACCGAGGAUAAGAUCGAAUAUCUCAACUUUGAUCAUAUGCUACAGCACGCAAAGCUGACCCUUGGUCUGGCCUUCGAACUUGCAUUUGCUAAAUUCUAAUUAGCUUGAUUAUGUCAUUUCAUAUCGCACUUAUGCAUACAGGACGGCCGUUUGGUAGAUUAGCUACGGAUAGUAGAUGUUCUGAAUAAUAAUCAACUCUUCAAUUUC